CGUGUGCCGAACUAUGCCUGCCCUUCACAUGCAGGUCAACACAAUUCCUGUGACCCUGUCCGCUGCAUCGCCAUCCAACCGUCCCGCUCUACUCGAGCACCUUGCAGGGGAUGGCCGCACACACGUACAGUACAAUACGUGAGUACCUCUACAACUACACGUCGCCAAGAGUCGCGUAGCCGCGGCCAACGUCGACCAAGAAACCGAGAUUUUAGGCGGCUGUCGCUCUUCUCCUUUCGGCAUCCAAGGCUCCAAGCACACAUGUCAACACCAGAAUCUCGCAACCCCAAUCCCACGAUGCGCUGCAUAAUCGCGCUAUUGGACGCGUCAGGGCUUGUGUGACCCAUUUAUGACCCACUGUUUUCUUAUCUCGGAUUACUCAAUACAACAUACUGUUGCCAGUCGCUCCUUGACGUUCCACUUUUCCCACGCAUUGCCGUGUCAAUCUUUUUCCAGCUCCAAAGCGCCCCGUUUUGUCUGAGGGCCAGAGCGAGUAGCUAUCAUAAGCGACGCACCGCGUCUGCGGCAUAUGACUCUUUUCGCCGUUGAAGGCGACAUACUUGUCAAAGAUUCCCAUUGGUGAGCGUUUGAUGAGCAAUAGACAUCACAGACUUUCGGCAAAAGAUCUGCGCGGCGACGAGUGUUUGGUUCCAGAUAAAAAGAAAACCUACACCAAUGGACAGGCUCGUGGUUCCCAAGCAAAGCAUGCAUUAUUUUGGCGCGUGUCGAUAGCAACAUCAGCCACUCCCGCUGCUAUUUCAGGGAUCGCCUUGGUUUUAUUUCCCAUUGUGCCGGGCGCUGGCGCUAUUUGCCCGUUCUCCACUCCACCUGCGUCGCCGUAUCCCUUUGUGUGCUUUGACGACCGAAACAUGACAUCGAAGCUUCUGGGCCGCCCUCUGUGAUCUUCCCCCUUCCUGCGACAAGAAUUAAGGUGGGUACCACGCCACUCAGUGGUAGCCGAUUGAUUCAUUCCCACUAUUUUCUGCUGCAUGCGUUGACGUUUUGAGUUGGCGAUUCACCCGUCGAUUAUAUCGUAGUGACCGUCACCAGACCGCUCGUUCUCUGAUUUCCUUCAUUUAUCCUCUCCGGCUACUUCACCAUUUGACAGUUUGACUAAUUGCCACGGCCUUCUAUCCACUCGCCCUCCACGUUACUUUUCCAUCCGAAUAUUAGUACCCAAUUUGGAUUUGCUACCGUCUUAAAUCUUGUUUUAUCUGCAUCACUUGUCACACUGGUGAUCGCACUCUCCUUCGCCGUCCGAGCACAGUAUCUCCGCACCGCUGCGUCAGCUCCUACAUCUCGAUCAACA